UAAGAUUGACCUUGUAACAUUUAAAUCUUUGAAUGGUAGUUGUAAUGACUAGCAGCUGUGAAUGAGAAGUGUGAAGAAAAAUGGUGUAAGAAGAGUUUGGCAAUGGGAAAAGGAAGAGGUAUCUGUUUUUGUAAUUUGGGAACAAAAUUGGGAGAGGCAUGAUAGACCGUUAUUUCAGGUAAUUGUCUGCCUAACAGCCUCCAUUGGUUUUAAUUUCUUCUAUUUACGGCUAAUUGAGUUCCACCUUUCACAUUCUCUUUUCUUUCCUUUGCAAACGUGCCACUGAGAGAGACACACGCUGAGAGAAAGAUCUUGGUCUCAUCCCCAACCAAGGUCAUGAUCUUCCUCCUUCUUCCCACAUUCUAAGUUCCUAUCUUUUUCUUUCUUAAUCCACACCCACCUUUUAUUUUAUUUUUUUGUUUGAUCUUCGGCACCAUCAAAGAUUACAGAAGCUUUGCUGUUUUGUUGCAUUGAUCUGCAUGCUGUUAAUAAGGACAGAGAAAACAAAAUAAAAACAAAAAAACAGAAAGGAAAGAGAGAAAACUACCAAAAUGGCUACUCGAUCAUUUUCUACUUUUGUUGAGCAAGAAAUGGGGAGGUUCACACAUUUUGUGAUCUAUGUGUUGCUUGAAUGGGUGCUGAUAUUCAUACUCUUCCUUGACGGUUUUCUUGCAUUUGCGGCCAAUGAGUAUGCAAGAUUCUUUGAAUUGCAUAUCCCUUGCUGGCUGUGCACCAGGUUUGAUCAUGUUCUGGUUCACAGAAAUCAUGAUUUCUAUUACAAUGAGUCUGUUUGUGAGGCUCACAAGAAGGACAUGUCGUCUUUGGCGUUUUGUCACAAUCACAAGAAGCUCUCUGACAUAAGGAAAAUGUGUGAGGGGUGCCUUCUUUCAUUUGCAACGGAGAAGGAAUCGGAUUGUGACACAUACAAGUCCCUUGUAGGGAUUUUGCACAAGGAUUUGGAGUGCUUUGUUCAGGAUGGCCAACCGAUUCAGUUGAGUUUGAAGGAUGAUGGGUUCAUGCAGGUUGACAGACUCAACAACCAAAGGUGUUCUUGCUGUGGAGAGCCUUUGAAAAUGAGGACUACCAAUGCAAAAGUGAAGCACUCCUCAUCGUUUGCGCGAGCCCCGAAUCCUUCACCACGAGCUUUUCCAUUUUCAUCAAAAAAUGACGAUUCUCAUUCUCUGGAAUUGCCUCACAUGAGGUACAAAGAACUAAAGUUUAUGUCAUAUCACGAUUCCGAGCUUCAGGAGGAUGACUUCAAUAUAAAUAGUCCGAAUGUUAAAUUAAGGGACGACCACAAAUCUAUCUCAAUGCCUCCUGUAUUGUCAGAACUUGAUGAUCUGAAUGAUGAGUCCAGCAAAUUCACCCCAACUUUUACAAGGGGCAAUAAGUUCUUUGGUAUCCCACUCACCGAUUCUGCAAACAACAGUCCCAGGUGGACUUACAGAAUUAGCAGGAAAUCACCACUGGAAAAGACAGAAUUUGCCUCUGAGUCUAAUGAGGUAACCCAAAGUGACUUUGAUGAUGCCGUCUUAAGCAAUUUGAACAGACAAGUUCGUUUGGAUCGCAAAUCACUCAUGGCUUUGUACAUGGAGCUAGAUGAAGAAAGAAGUGCUUCAGCUGUUGCUGCCAACAAUGCAAUGGCCAUGAUCACCCGGCUACAGGCUGAAAAGGCAGCGGUGCAAAUGGAGGCUUUGCAGUAUCAGAGAAUGAUGGAAGAGCAGGCUGAGUAUGAUGAAGAAGCCCUGCAAGCAAGUACUGAAGAAGUGCAAGCUUUACAAGCUGAAUUGGAGGUUUAUAAGAAACAAUAUGGAUGCUUAGCAGAAGGAGUUAUCUCGUCCCUUCGUAACAGCUCUUCAUUUAGGUUCAAUGAAGGUAAUGAUAAUCAAGUUGCGUCAUCUCAGACAGAAAAUGGAGGGAUAAGACACAGUGAAUCAGUCAAAGCUUUUAAAGCAGAGAGAGCACAUCUUCUUGGCCGGAUAAAGAAAGUAGAAAGUAGAAAUCCCUUUGAAGAAAGUGGAGUUUAUUCCUCCUUACUGUCUAGCUCUGACAGUGUUAAUAAUUUAGACAAUGAGAAAGGAAAAGGAGGCGAAAUCUUUCUACCAAAAGAACUGUCUUUUCUUGCUGAAAGAGUGAAGGCUCUAGAAGCCAACAGUGGGUUUUUAGACCUUGUUUCCAAUAAAGAGGAGAAAGAUGGUGAAGGUACCAAAAUUUUGACAGAGAUAUCACAGAAUCUAGAGAAACUCAGUCACCUUGUUAUGAACUCCUCUGAGGUAGACAGUGCAUGAUGCCUAUUUUUGUUUUAUAGUAACUGGCCCUUUAAGUGUUGAUGAGGCUCAGAAUGAAGAUAAUUGAACUUCAUGAGGCUCAGCCUAUAAUAGAAAGACCAGAAAAGUCUUCCUUGUGGUAAAGAUUCCGAGUUAUUCUGAUACUAAAGGUUCUUUGCCAAAUGGCAGCUCAAGUGUCGAAAGCAUGAAAGACUUUCUUAUGCCUCAAGAAUGUCCCUGUAAAAUAUUUAAAUUGCUCUCUGACCAUGUCUUGUAAUAGGUUUUUAAGAUCCCCAUUUCUAGGCUUCUCUAGCUUUACUUGGAUCAUUUGGACAAACUUGUCUAGGGUUUGCUUGUUUAUAAAACUAUUAUUGUCAACCUUUCCGUUUCUUUUUUAUUAUUUAGUAUGAACUUCUCUCAUGGAAGAAUUGUAAAUUUUGUAUUCCAUUCAAAUAGUAAAACAUUCAUAAAAACUCACCUCUACUAUUAUGACAAGUUAUUAACCCUUUUUCGCAAUGAAUAACCAGCCGUUUUCAAAUUAUCAACAUGGUUUUAAAAAAUAAAAUAAAACA